AUGACACCUAGGCUCACACCCACCUAUGACACCUUCAAGAAGGAACCUUGGCAAGGUGCCACGCAACUGAACGGUGGCCAAAUGAUUACGUUAUCCCCACCGGCUGGCGAUCCUGCUGGCACCCAACCCGAACCGACACAAUCAUCGUCGAGCGCUGGCUCCGAUUUGACCGCCGGUGAUGCCGAAGGCGUUUGGAGCGUCGAUAUCGAUCAGGCCUUCCAAGAAGCUCUAGCCAUUUAUCCGCCAUGUGGACGACGGAAAAUCAUUAUCAGCGAUGAAGGAAAGAUGUAUGGUGAGUAA